CGCGUCCAAGAAACUCUACUAUCUCGAAUUGUUUGGCUGCUUUAUCCAAUGAAUCCUAUGUUGUAGCUGACUGACUGACUGACGCGUAGAAACUAAUUUGAUUAAAACAACACUAUUGAAUGUUCAAUGUCAUUUAAUCUUCAUCAAACACAUUAUGCAUCUAUAAAAACAACCUUUAGAAAUUCUGCAAAACUCUUAUUACCAUCUAAGGCAUUAUCUAACAAACAUUAUAAGAGUAAAUUAAUUGUGGCAGAUACUACUGGUGAUAUACAUUCAUUUCAAUAUAUUAAUGGAUUAAAGCAUACAAAAUUUUCUGUGGGAUCACCAAUUACAUGUAUUUGUAUUGGAACAUAUCAAAAUAAUGAGAAACAACGUAUUAUUAGUGUUUGUCAUAAUUUUAAUAUAUCUGGAUUUACAUUAAAAGGAAAACAAAUUUUUGAAUAUCCUUCAACUAUUCAAGGUCAUUUGAACUCAAUGUUUAUACAAUCUACAAAUAUUUAUUAUACUGUAGGAUGUAUGUAUCAACAAUUAACAAAUUUUAAAGAUACUGAAUUUCUUCUAUUACCUGAUAUUAUUACAAGUAUAUAUGUGAUUAAUAAUGAUGCUACAUGUUCAAUACCACUUGUUGUUCUUGCUUGUAAAGAUAAAUUAAUACGUAUUUUGAAAAAUGGUGUACUGUUAUGCGAAUUGGAAAUUUCUAGUUCACCAGUCACCAUAAAUAGAGCGCAUAAAAGUUAUCCAUCAAAUUAUUUAAUGUAUGGAACAUCAGAAGGUUAUUUUGGUCUUUUUCAAGUGACAAGUGAAAAUGUCACAAGAAUAUGGGAAGCCUCAUCAAAAUUUGGUACGAGUGAAAUUCUAUCACUGGAACACUAUGAUAUGUUGAAUUAUGACGAUAACAAAAACAAUAGCAAUCAUGAUGAUGAUGAUGAUGAUGGUGAUAGUGAAAAUACUGAAGAGGUAUUAAUUGUUGCUUUCACAAAUGGAAGAAUUGAACUGUAUAAAUAUGAUCAACAUAAAUAUCCAUUACUGAUGUAUGAAACGAAAGUGAAUUAUCACUUAACAUCCGUGAUGGCUGGUCGGUUUUCUAAUGUAAAUUAUCCGGAACUUUUAUGCAUUACAUAUACUGGUUUGAUUUUUGGUUUAACUACACAACCAAUCAGAAAAGAAACAAUCUUCGAUCAACCUGACGUAAUGGAACUUCAAUUUAUGUCAAAAGUGGAUAAAUUAAAUGAAGAAAUUUCAAAUUUAGAAAAUCAAUUACAAUUAAUGAAAUUGAAUCAAAAACAAAUUGAAAAAGAACAAAUUAUUUUAAUACCAUUAGAAUUAGAUUAUAAAUUUUAUUUAAAUAAAGACCUAUCUGUAUAUUGUUUAAAUAUCGAAACCCAAAUACCAAUUGAUCAUAUAUUAAUACAAAGUAAUUGUCCAAUUGAUUUAUUCGACAUUGAAGAGAAUACAGCUGUAAGUAGUUCAAGUGAAUGUACAAAAGAUGACGGGAAUGCAUUAUUGACAACGUAUCGGUGCCAAGUGAAUACAACACGGUUUGACAUUCAAUUUCGUACGGUUGAAGGUCGUUACGGUCAUGUAUCUGUGUAUGUGGUACCAAAAAUAAAUUUAUCAAAUAUGGUUACAUGUAAAUGUAUUAAGCUAUUAAUACAUCCAUUAUCAUUACAUUGUUUAACUCAUCAUAUAGAAGAUGAACCGUUAAAAAGAUAUUGGAACAGUUUACAACUAACUGGAAAUUUCUCUUUAACGGAAAUGCAUAAUUGGUUAUCUAUGUGCUUACCUGAAACCCCUGAAAGGCCCACAUUAAUUAAUUCGGAUACAAAACAAGGUGAUAAAAAUGACAGUCACGAUAGUGAAGAAUCUGCGCAACUGUUCUAUAAAUCAAUUUAUCUUAAAAGUCAAUUGAAAUGCGUUUAUGCAAAAGGUUAUGCUAAUCUCCAAUCGGACAAUCUCUCUACAAUUGCUAUAUUGAAAGAUGUCUUAACUAAAGAAGCUACUAAAAAGAAAAUUCAAUUGUCAAUUAACUUAGAUAUUCAAAUGGAUAGUAUAGAAUAUAUGUUAAGAAUGAUUGAUACCAAACUAGUUUAUCUUAAUGAAUUAGAAAAGAAAGUGAAAUUAAUCAAACCAAUAACAGAGUUAAUUUCAAAUGAAAUUCAAUCUAUCAAUAGAGAUAAUUGUUUAUUUAAACAAAUUACUCCAAAUGAUAAUCCAUUACCAUCAGAUUAUUUACCAUUAGAAUAUGUACAAAUAUGGAGAGAUUCAAAUAAAUUAAAACAAGAAUUCAAAUAUCAAUCAUGUCAAUUAAAUAGAUAUUAUGAGUGUAUUGUCGGUCUCUACAUUGAUAAAUAUCGUUUUCAAGGGAAAGAUGUAAGCUAUAGAAAGAAUGAUUUAUUUAAACUAUUGGAAAAUUAUAAUCUGGAUAAAUUAAUUGAAUAUUUUAACCAAGAACUAUCUGUAUAAAAUCUGUCUUUUUUCGCUUGUUUGUUACUUUUUGAGCGAUACUUUUAUAUUUAUAUGCUUGUAAUGAUUGAAUUUUAUGGUAAAUACAUUAACUUA